GGAAGAUGCUAAGAGUCAACACGUUCAUUACCUUAUUCUAUUCCCGCGAUGGCUCAAUUUCUCUCACUUUGCUCAUUGCACCACAAAAUUGGGUUUUUUGACUUUUAGAUUCGAUGAUGGCUGUGCAAAUAGCAAUGCUUGCAACUCUGCUCCACUACUGGCACGUGCAUCAUACUGGGAGGAAGCGGUGAUCAAUCCAAACAGUGUAAUGCUUAUACAUAAGAUGAUCUUGUACUUGUAGCAUUGAGAAUGCAGACGCGUUCUUCUGCAUACUACAGUCGAACUUUCUUGUCUAAAAAGUAUGGCGUUACUUCGCACUACUCAAUGGCGUGAACGUGUCAGACGUCAGACUUUAGCACUGAUCGAGAAGAACUUCCUCUUGUUUCUCAGAUCACCAUGGGCAACUCUCUUUCGCGCAUUGAUUCUGCCAAUAUUCUUCACCGCAAUAAUCUGUUCCGGUGGGAAAUUCUCCAAUGCUGGAUCCACCUCGGAGGCCGGUGGAAUUGCCGACUCUUCACAGCAGAUCAAAAGUCUGAAGCAAGCGCUGGAUGAUGUUCCCCUCACGAAACUUGUUCUAUGUACGAAUGGACUCAAUGGAACGGAACUCAAUCCAAUCAUAGAGACUGCGGUACAAGGCAUCAGCUUGGACAGGUGGUUUAUCACUGACGACGUGGACGACUUGUAUUACGAUUGUCGACAAUACUUGACUGGCAUAUCCAACUGCUUCGCUGCUGUCAUCUUCACCUCAAUCAAUGCUACCAAUGUUGAUUAUAUCAUCGCCACCGAUAGCGCUAAAAGCUUAUUCAGUACCGACUUUGCAAAGCAUGAAUCCUUGAGCAACGAUCGUUUGAUGCCAUUACAAUGGGCUAUCGAUUCUAGCAUUGGGAGCUUCAGUAAGACGACUCCGCCAUCAGAACUUCCCUGGUCCGGUCGUUUUGGAGGCCAAUCAUCGGAUUCAAGUUCAUUUGAUGCAACGUCUUGGUUCAUGGUGAUUUACUACUUCGUCGCUCCGGCAUUUCUCCUUGCUUUGAUUGGCGUUGUCUACCAUGUCAGUCUAUUUGUGGCAUCAGAAAGAGAAUUGGGAAUGACCGAACUUCUAGACGCACAAACAUGCACGAAAACACCUCGAAUUUUCUCCACCAUUGCUUCUUUUGUUGCAAUUUACUCUCCAGGAUGGAUUGUUUGCUCCAUUCUCAUGACCCAGCUUCUCUUUACGCGUUGCUCGGAUGUAAUUCUCUUGUUCCUCACACUAUUAGCUGGUACAUCUCUCACUGUGUGGUCAAUGUUCUUAUCCUCAUUGUUCAGAAAAGCUCAGCUGGCAGGACUUUAUGCUUCCAUUCUCACAUUCACGCUAGCCUUCUGCACUGUAGCGUUCGUGUUCAGUGACACCCCAGCCUAUACCAUGAUCUCAAUACUAAGUAUCAUAUUUCCUCCAUACACAUACUCAACUCUCAUCGCAGACAUUGCGCGGGCCGAGGACCGUCUCGCCAGCUUUUCGCUCCUGAAGUUCACUGUGUCCACCACCGCCACCUCUGAUAGUCAACGUCUCGCUCCACAAGUCACUGGCUACCUGUAUAUCGUAUUCUUCUUCGCCCAAAUUGCGAUUUACACCGCUGCAUGCUUUGCAGUCGAACACUAUAAAUGGAGCGUGAAAAGAACCUACGAUGAGAUCGAUUCAUCUAGUGACAUUGCCGUGCGGUGCACCGAGCUUUCAAAGACUUUCCAAGCAAGCCGUCGAUGGUACUGGCCAUGGAGCACUGUGGGAACCAGCCAUCUAGCUGUAAACAGUUUAAAUCUUGAAUUGAAGACAGGUUCAGUCAACUUUCUGCUCGGGCCAAAUGGAGGAGGUAAAACGACGACGCUGAAAUGUAUCGCGGGUAUUAUACCUGCGGACAAAACUUCUCGACUAGAGAUCAAUCAGAAUGCCACAUUUUCUGGUGUCUGCCCCCAGCAUAAUGUUUUCUGGGAGAGACUGACGGUUGCCGAGCACGUCAGAAUUUGGAGAAAGAUUAAAACUGGAACACCUGCGGUUGGAGGCGAAGAUGAUGUGCUCAUGGAGUGCGAUAUCUUGAGCAAAUCGAAUCAAGCUCCAGAGACAUUAUCUGGAGGCCAGCAAAGGAAGCUGCAGCUUGCCAUUGCAUUUGUGGGAGGUUCUACAAUGUGCUUUAUUGAUGAGGCUUCCAGCGGCUUGGAUCCUCUCUCAAGACGCAAUAUCUGGAACAUUAUUUCCAAUAGUCACUCGCGCCGUACCAUCUUGAUAACUACGCAUUUUCUUGACGAGGCUGAUAUUCUUGCGGAUAACAUCUCAAUCAUUUACAAAGGAGGACUUGUGUGCACCGGCACUCCCACUUCACUGAAAUCCAACUACGGACUGAACCUCGAGAUCCGCCAGGUUGCGACAGAAAAUGAUGAAGGCUAUGAAGAAGAAGAGGAAGAUGAAGAAAACAAAAUGCCUACUUGGACCGUGAAGACUUCUACUGAAGCAACAAAGAAAAUUCUCGAAUUGGAAGAGCUAUCAGGUGGUUUAUACUCAGUUACCUUCCCGACGCUAGAGCAAGUCUUUUUGAACGUCACCAAUUCGUCGCUGAUUGAUGGCAAUGGCAACGGAGAUGCAACAUCCAGCGAUCAGAUAUCUAGACAGGAUACUGAGCUCGAAGAACUGAAUGCAGGAAAUGUAGAGGGGAUAACCCUUGAAGUUGGGAAGCAAACCACGCUAUCUCACCAAAUUCUCGCAAUCCUGAAAAAACGCUACCUUCUAACACGGCGCAGUUGGAUGGGUUAUGGUAUCGCUCUCGCAAUCCCAAUUAUCAUUGCUGGUGCACUAGCUGGCGAGUUUGCCAAAUUCAAUACCUUUGAUCCAUGCACACAUAGAAUGGAUGUUACCAUGCGAAAUGCAAGCAUAGAAGAGGCAAUGUCUUUGAGAGAUAGUCUUGGUACUUUCGAUGUUAUUGGCCCUUUAGAUUCCCCUGAUUUCUACAGCGCUGAGGACCUUGCAUAUUAUAAAAUUUCUAGCGUUGCUGGACCACCGGCUGCUUUUGAUGGUGAAGUUCAAAAUACAAUUUAUGUCGAGAACAUGGGACAAUAUUUCUCGCCAUUUGAGCUUGAACGAGAAGGGAUCACAGGAGAACAAAAGGCUCUAGCUACUCGUGGCAGUGCAUCUUCACUCACAGACAUGGUCACCAUCAUCAAAGAUAACCAUGGUGAGCCAGCAUUUGGUGUUUUUGCUGCUGACUCGGCCGAUAUCACGCUCGUUCAUCGAAUGUCUCCAGAAUACUCCAUGGCAGGUAUGAAUAUCAUCGCAAAUCGACUUGCGAACUCCUCGGCACAAACUGGAACGGCAAGGCAGAUCAAGACCUCGUUCCGCAAAUUCCGACGCGUCAAGUUUGAGCCCGACUCUUUGUCAAUUCCCCUCUUAGUUUUCGUAACACUUGGGCUCAUAUGUAGCACAAGUGUCAGCAUCAUGUAUCCGGUAUUCGAGAGGAUCAACAACGUCAGAGCUUUGCAGUAUUCGAAUUCUGUCUCGUCUGCAGCACUAUGGAUGGCCUACCUGAUCUUUGAUAUGCACAUUGGACUCAUCACGUCUGUCGUAACAUGGGCAAUCAUAUUCGCGGGCGGAAAUAGCCGGAUCUGGUAUGAAUCAACAUUCAUCCUCUUCGCAAUGCUGCUAUUCUGCAUUGCGACUUAUCUAGGUCUUUAUAUCUGCUCUUUAUUCCUCAGAAAAGCUGCGUUUGCAGUCGCUGUUGGCGUGCAUAUUAUGCUGAUGUUGGUUUAUCUCAUCGCAUAUGUCAUCAAUGAUUCCAAGGAACCUCUGAAUUCAUACGACAUAACCGUUGAUAUUCAAGGUGUACUUGGUCUCACCUCGCCAGCAGCCAACCUACUACGAACAUUCUUCGUAGCAACCGAUAACUUCGGCAUCACCUGCGGCGAGACAGGGUGGUAUGAUCUGCAUCCCAUAGCAUUUCAACUAUAUGGUGGUGUCUACAUUAAUCUGAUUCUUCAGAUCAUGUUCUGUGCUCUUGUGCUUGCAUAUAUCGAAACUGGAAGCUCAGCAUGGUUUUCCAAGUUUCUUCCAAAGAGGAAGAUGCCAGCGACUCAAGCACAAUUAGACUUUGGUAUGGAGGGAAGAGAGUCUCCAAACUUCGCGCCAGAGCAGGAUGGUGAUAUUCCCCUGAAGCCUCUCAAGGGAAAGACCAGUAUACCUGUCCUCGUCGUCUCCAAGAUAACCAAAUUCUUCAAGUCACUGCUAGCAGUACAAGAAAUAUCUCUCUCCAUCUCCACGAAUGAAACACUGGCACUUCUCGGUGCCAACGGUGCUGGAAAAACAACAACCAUCAACAUGAUCCGUGGUCUCAUCACUCCUAAUCAUGGUACCAUAACCAUAGAUGGUAUCAAUGUUCUCGCUUCGCCCCAACAAGCACGAAUCCAUACUGGCGUUUGCCCUCAAGAUGACGCAAUUGAUGAGCUCACCGUACGCCAAACAUUAAGCUUCUACGCUAGUAUUAAAGGUCUGCGGGACGUCAAAGCGAAUGUAGACGGCGUGAUGCGCGCAUUCGGCAUAACAAGCUUCGCCGACCGUCUCAUUACCAAGCUAUCAGGUGGCACAAGAAGGAAAGUCAUGGUCGCGAUUGCCAUCCUUGGGAAUCCGCGAUUGCUGCUACUGGACGAGCCUUCUACCGGGCAAGAUGCCGGUGCAAAACGUGUUUUGUGGAAGAUCUUGCGUUCGCUGAGUAAUGAUCGCGCGAUUUUGAUUACCACGCAUAGUAUGGAGGAGACGGAAGCGUUGGCUACGAAAGUGGCCAUUGUAGACAAGAAAAUGCUCGCUUCGGGCACGACGUCGCAGUUACGAUCGCGGUUUGGAGGAUUCUAUCGCUUGCGGGCGGCGUAUGAGGUUGGGAGUGAGAUGGAAUUGGAGGCGGCUCUUGGGGUUAUGUUUGGAACGCAAGUGCGGAAUCUCAAGUGUGCGUUUGGCGAGGUGGAGUUUGAGCUGCCGUAUGAGAGGAAGAUGAUUGGGAGGAUUAUGCUGAGUAUGGAGAGUUUGAUGGUGAGUAAGGAGGGGGUGCUUGGGAUUGAGAGGACGAUGAGUGGGCAGGGCUUGUCGGAAAAUAGCACGAAGGAUAUGCCGAAGAUGUUGAGGGACUAUACGAUUUUGGAGCCGUCCAUGGAUGAUGUUUUCUUGAAUGUUUGUAAAGAGGCGGAGAUUGGAAUCUUGUAGAUAAUUGUGAGAUUCUUUGUAGAGAGAAGCAAUUUCGAGUCUACACCUAUAAUAAAUAAGAUACCCUAA